CAGUCCCUUGCCUCUCUCCUCGGGCAACUCUCCGUCUGAAUCUCUCUCUCUCUUGCCUAUAAAUGCAACACCCACCCUACAAUCUCUCCCAACCUUCUCGGGGCCACGGAAGCAACUUGAUCUCAUUCAGCAUCAAUUCUCUCCACCCAGCAGCCGCUCGGCACGACGAGACAAGACAUCAAGCGCGGAAGUUGGCAUUGCCCCGAGGCAGGGUGAGACGAGGGGUGCGAGAGAUCUCCAUUCCGUCGUCGCCGUCUCUCUCUUCCGCAUCUGGGUCUCGUUGGUCGAUUCGUUCCAAGAAGGAGAAGGAGAACGAGAACGAGAACGAGAAGGAAAUGGAGAUGGGGGUGAUGGAUCCUUACAUCGUGGGGACUUUCUUUGCUUCUAUGUUGGGCCUCGUUCUCCUCUGCGUCCUGCGUCGGAGGGACGGUGACGUGAGAGCCAAGGCUCCGAUUCCGAGGAGGGGCGGAGAUUACGUCACUACCCGUGACGCGUCGCCGCGUGACUCUGCGAAUCGCGAUUGCUCGCCGGAGAAUGGGUUCGGCGCUGCCGACGUCGUCAUCGUCGGCGCCGGAGUUGCCGGAUCGGCUCUCGCGCACACCCUCGGCAAGGAUGGAAGGAGAGUUCUUGUUAUAGAAAGAGACUUGACUGAACCAGACCGAAUUGUUGGCGAACUGCUGCAGCCAGGGGGUUACCUGAAACUUAUCGAAUUGGGUCUUGAGGAUUGUGUUGAGGAAAUCGAUGCCCAGAGAGUGCUUGGCUAUGCUAUUUUUAUAGAAGGGAGAAAUACCAGGCUCUCGUAUCCCUUGGGAAAAUUUCAUUCAGAUGUAGCUGGCAGGAGUUUCCACAAUGGACGUUUCAUACAGAGGAUGAGGGAAAAAGCCGCUACUCUUCCCAAUGUGCGAUUGGAACAAGGGACUGUUACAUCACUGAUUGAAUACAAUGGGACUAUUAAGGGAGUGCAUUACAAAACUAAGGCUGGUCAAGAGCUAGAAGUAUUCGCUCCUCUAACAAUUGUUUGUGAUGGGUGCUUCUCGAACCUGCGCCGCUCACUGUGCAAGCCAAAGGUAGAUAUCCCCUCUCAUUUUGUUGGACUGGUACUCGAAAACUGUGAGCUUCCCUUUGCAAACCAUGGGCAUGUUAUUCUUGCUGAUCCUUCACCAAUAUUGUUCUAUCAAAUUAGUAGCAUGGAGGUUCGAUGUUUGGUUGAUGUACCUGGCCAAAAGCUACCUUCUAUUGCUAAUGGGGAAAUGGCCAAAUAUUUGAAGAGUGUGGUGGCUCCACAGAUCCCUCCUCAAGUUCAUGAUGCCUUCGUUGCUGCAAUAGACAAGGGCAACAUAAGGACUAUGCCAAACAGAAGUAUGCCAGCUGAUCCCUACCCGACACCUGGAGCCCUUUUGUUGGGUGACGCAUUCAACAUGCGCCAUCCUAUAACCGGGGGAGGAAUGACCGUGGCCUUGUCCGACAUUGUUGUACUCAGGGAUCUUCUUAAGCCACUGCACAAUCUUCAUGAUGCAACUGCACUUUGCAAAUAUCUUGAAUCCUUCUAUACCCUACGCAAGCCAGUGGCAUCCACUAUAAACACUUUGGCGGGCGCUCUGUACAAGGGGGCAUCAGGCAUAAUUUUCCCUAUUGUUAGGGCAGAAGGAGUGAGGCAAAUGUUUUUCCCUCGGACUGUUCCAUCAUUCUACAGAGCUCCUUCUGAUAACUAAAGAAAGUGGAAAUGGAAUUUGUCGUGAAGGAUAGUCGGAGAUUGGCUUUGGGUUUUUGCUGUUUGGUUUUUGGAGUGAGAUCUGUCUGUGCUCUCAAGUUAUUUUAAGUGAGAUCAUACAGAUGCCACCAUGUUCACUAGCGUAUGAGUUUCCAAUUGAUAAAAAGAAAAUGAACAAAAGGACUUUGUGCAGAAAGUUCAUGCUGCAAGUAUUUGACAUGGUUUCUGCUUCGCCGGAAUUUCACGCGAUCUUUCGAUGAGUAAAUUUUGGUGUCAAUAGUUUCUGAAUAAUUGUUGUCUUCAGCCUCGCGCUCUAUUUCCGCAAAUUGUGCUCCAUACGAGAGAUUGUUGCGGACAAUUUGUAUUACAUCUAUUUCAUUUUCUU